AUGCCUUACUACGCAAGGACCAAGGGCCGGACUCAAGAGAUCCCACCCGACGGCAGCCGGUCACCCCUCCCGGUCUCCGGCGCCCGGUCACCGCUUCCGCCUCGGACACCCGUCAAUGGCCGCCUUUCAUCGCGCUCACUGCCAGACCUCAGCGCCGACGUCCGCGCCGCGCUCUCAGCCCCUAAGCACGAUGACGUUACGUAUCAGCAUAGCUUCUGGACCCGCUGCCGUUGCUGCCGGACUGGCCGGAGUCCUCUCGCUCUGAUUCGAAGGAUCAUCAUCGUGCCUCUCGCGGACCUGCUCGUGCUUGCUGAAGACGUAGCAGAGUCCGUGCCACCGGUUGUACCUGCACUAGUGGCCUGCAUCUUCUUGCUUGCCAUAUUACCGCUAAUGAUCGCAUGGGACGUGGUUUGA